UAGUGUGCUCCGGGCAGGGCGUGGGCACGGACGUGGUGCUCUCCUCAACACGCGCGCGCGCUGCCUCCGUACUCCGUACGUGUCACUGGGGAGGAAACCCAAACAACAGUUAUUGCCGUCUGGUGUUUACUGGGUGACCCAUGAAGUAGUGGCCUAAAACUAUGUGGUGAAAGAGAUUUUUCUGUGUGAGUGUCAGCGUGUGACCGUCUACGAGGAGUGUCAGCGCGCCACUGGCAGGGUGGACUGUGCUUUUGCGAAGUGCUGACUCCCAUCUCUGUCAGUGUUGGCACCAUGAGUGCCUGUGGGCAGGCCUGGGUGUGGAUGGCACUGCUGUCUCUUCUGCCCAUGACCACGUUACUCUACACUCCUGAAGACCGACUAGCACUCUUGACAGGCACUCUGAGGACCUUCCAGCGCCACGCCUGUGACGGCACCAGCCUCUCCCUCCAGUGCCCCGUCAACACCACCAUCGACAUCACCUUCGCCAGGUACGGCCGCCCACGCCAGGCUGAGGGAGACGAGAAGGGCGUGGGACACGACCCCUGUCCACCCACAGUACCACCCUCCCCACACCAGCAACAACUGACGACAGGAUGCGAGUACUCGCACGAAAUUAAUUACAAGACGCUGAAGCUGGUCAUCAUGAAGUGCCAACACAAGAAGAAGUGCCAGAUCGACGUAGUGCCGCACACCUUCAGCGAUAUCGACCCUUGUCCAGACAUACGAAAGUAUAUAGAAGUGGCAUACAAGUGUCGUCCAGAAACGUUCAUCAGCAAGAUAACAUGUGUGCCUGGAGAUCUGACUCUCACCUGUGAGAAGAACUCAAGACUGGCCAUAUACAGUGCAUUGUUUGGUAGACGACUCGAGGGAUCUUAUACGUGUCCCCAGCCGAGAGGAGUACCGGAGGAAGACUGCCAAGCAAGCUAUGCGAACGAGAUCGUUAUGAAACUGUGCCACGGUCAUCGGGAGUGCCACCUAGGAGCAGACCCAAAAAUGUUUGGCACACCUUGCUCACCUGACUCUUUGAUGUACCUGACAACUGCCUACACCUGCGUUCCGAAGAAAAUCCUGAAGACGACGUCCCAGGAAGAAGAUGAAGAAGCUGAAGAAGGGGACGAGGUUCAAGAGGAGGGUAGCCUGAUGAUCUCUGCGAUGCAGCCUCCUUCAUCUCAUCCAGCCUCUCCAGAUCCAUUUUACCCUGCAUCUCCACAGCACACACAGUCUCCUACCAUAUUUUAUAACCCUACUGUCACAACCAAAACUUCGAAUAAAAAAAGUGAGAAGGUCAACUCCCCAGACAAGGACUAUCCCCGGGAUAGUGUAGCUAAACCGGACCUCAUAAACUGUACCGUCACUAUCCUCUCUGGCUCCAGGGACCACAAGAUUGGAUUCUUAACCGAGUGGAUGCGGGCUAUUGCCUUUAUGAAACGAAAUUUAGAAAAGCUCAUCCUUUACCUAAUGGUUGGAUUGUGUGUGGGCCUGCUGUUGUUCCUGAUUGUAGUGGUGGGACGUUUGCUGCUUGAGCGGCACCAAGCCAAGAAGGAGGCCAAGAUGAUGCACGAUCCUCUCACCUCUGUCUUUGCAACGGGUACAGUCUUUUAUAUAGAUGAUAUAGAUGGAGAUUUAGAUAUGCAAGGCGCACUGGAAUCUUCUCUCGGAAGAUCACCCUCACCUCAGGAGCCUACUCAGGAUGUCGUUCGAUAUAACACUGCCAGGCCUGGAAUCAGGCGCCAGGACAGCGACACAAAUCCACGAAGCUUGAGCAGAAAUAAUAACAAUCAGUUAUUCUAUAGUUAGUUGUCCAUAAAGGGACUUUUAUAGAUUUAUAAACUGUAUAGCAUAGUUAUCUUUAAAGUUAUUUAUACCAGACAAUUGUAGACAUUGUACAUAUGCUAAUACAUUUUCUUUUGAAUGAAUAUUUUUAUUUCUUUGCUCAGUGUGUUAGUGUGUACUUAAUGUUACAUAAUUAUAUUCUGACAAUGUAAUGAAACCAAAAAUGUGUAAAGUAUUGCUUUGAUAUUUUAUAUGAACCCAGAUAUUAUGUAUUAGGGAAAUUUACAUACUGUAUAAUGUGCAUGUAUAUAUAUUCAUUGUUUGUACAGUAUGUAUAUUUGUGCAGUUUUUAUAUAUAUGAAGGCAUAUGUGUUGUGUAUGAAGAAUGUGAAGAAGCAUAGUGAAUGUCUGUGCCAAUUACACUGAGAAAGAUACAGAGGGUAAUAUGUUGAAACAAUAAUCAGGAUCUUCCUCUAGUUGUGCAAGAUUAAAUAAUAUUUGAUAAUUGAUCCAGUUUUUAAUGUGUCAGUCAUCUUGAAAAAUGAGUCACUUGUGCAACAUUUAAUAAUAAUAUAAUAUCGUAUUUCUACAAGUACAUGUACAAGGUAUACAAACCUAGCUGACAUCUAUGACAUACUACUCUAUAGAAAGCCGCUUGUAAUGUAGAGCAUUUCGGGCAUAUUAGGUCAGUUUCGUCCCAGGAUGUGACCCACACCAGUCGACUAAUGCCUAGGUACCUAUUUUAUACUGAUGGGUGAACAUGGACAGCAGGUGUCUUAUGGAAACAUGUCCUAAUGUUAUCCAGCCAUACCGGGGAUUCAAACUCCAGACCUCACUGUGUGAGAUGAGUGCUAGCAGUCGAGCUACGGGACACGUUUCCAGUAAUCAGUCUCUCCCCGAGUCGAUGUGUUCAAUCCAUCAUUCAUAAUAAAAGUAAUUUGAUUGAAAAUGAUGGACUGAACACAUCGACUCCAGGCUGAGGGACUGAUUACCUCAAACUUCUCAUUUUCCACCAUUCUUCUCUAUAUUGGACUGAAGAAGCCACUGGCUAGUGAAAAGUUACCAAAAUGAAGACUCCCAAAUGUUGCACAAGUGCCUCAUUUAUCAACUUAUCAAUUUUCUAAACCAUUUAUACAAAUCAUGUUGAGUUCAGUGUCUGUUAUAAUUUUUUUAAAUGUAAUAUUUUUCCUCCAAUAACAACAUAAAAAUGAAAUUAUGGUAUUAAAAUAUUUAACCCCUCAGAAUUUAACCCUCUAAUAAUAGUAGCGUGUUAUUGUAAAAAUAUUUCCAGAAUUCCUGUAAUACCACCUCAGUAUUAUUUUUUUCUGAUUAUUUCAUAGAACAGAAAUAUUAUUAUAUGUCUUAACAUGUUGUGCAAUUAUAUCAGUUUAUUUUACUCCAGGUUUAAUAUAUGUUUUUGUACUGUAUACCUUGAGUCACUGAGUUUAAUAUCAAUCUGUUGUUUUCAUGUUAUGAACUAUCAGUGUAGUAGUGAACUUUUUCUAGACAAAGGCUGAGUUUAUUUAAAUACUGUAGUCAUAUACACAUUAUUUAAAGCCAGAACAUUUUUUUUUAUUUAUUAAGCUAUGCCAUGAUACUAUAAAUUAAGAGAUGAUUCCCAGAAAAUGUGUUCAUUGCAUCAGGAAGAUUUUGACCGUAAAUGGCAGCCUGACAUGUUGGUCAUAUUCAUACAGGGGGAGUGCUAAGACCAUAGGGGUCAUACAGUGCCUAGGGAAAUGGAAAUUUCUUUUUUUUUUUUUUGUUUUUUUUGUUUUUUUUUGUACACCAGCUGUCUCCCACUGAAGCAGGGUGACCUCAAAAGAAGAAACACUUUCAUAAUUUUUUUUUUUCAGUGUGCCAGCCAUCUCUCACUAGGGCAGGAUGAUUUAAAAAGAAAAACAAAGGCAUUUAUUUUUACAUUUACUACUUUAUACAGGAGAAGGGGUUACUAGCCCCUUGCUCCUGGAAUUUUAGUCACCUCUUAAGACAUGCAUGGCUUGUGGAGGAGGGAUUCUUCUGGAAAUGGAAUAUGUUGAAGUUUAGUCCAAGAAUAGGAGCACUGACUCAAUUUCCUGAAUCAUGAGCAUCUCACCACCAUCAGCAAACCUUCAUUGAGGGGAUGUUUACUGGCUUGGAAAAGCUGCGACUGAGUUAAUUGUUAUCAAAUGCUUUUUUAAUUUUUUGUUCUCUACAUAUACUUAUCAUCAAUCUCAACUUGGGUCAUUGUUAUGUAAUAAUUAACACCUAAUUAUUGUAACUACAUGAUAGUCAGUAAUUUGUCAUGAAAACAUGAUUAUUAAAUGAUGAUAUAAUAAUGCAUUAAAAAUGUACACAAAACAUUUUGUUGUUGACCCCCGGAACUCUCUCCAGGUAAACUCCAGUAACUGACCUCGUAUACUUUUAUGUACAAUAUUUUAAAUCUUGAAGACGUCACUGUUAUGGUAGCUCUGAAUAAGUCUAGAUAAUUUUAAAUAAUUUUGAACAUAUUUUCAAAGAAAUAUAAUAAUAUAGAGAUGUAUUAACUUGUCUGGAAUUAUAACUAAAUAUAAAUAUUUUGUUAUACAGUUGAUGUUUUGUACCUGGGUAAUGUAGGCACUAAUUAUGUCUUAUAUAAAAUGCAAAAGCAACAUAAAUAUAUUUAUUAACUUGUAACUCUUGGUCUGUAAUGCACAGUAUUGGCUUCUGCCUCUGCUUGUAUUCACAACACCUCCACUUAUACUUGCAACACCUCCACUUGUACUCACAACACCUCCACUUGUACUCACAACACCUCUGGUACUUGCAACACCUCCGCUUGUACUCACAACACCUCCACUUGUACUCACAACACCUCCACUUGUACUCACAACACCUCUGGUACUUGCAACACCUCCGCUUGUGCUCACAACACCUCGACUUGUACUCACAACACCUCGACUUGUACUUGCAACACCUCCACUUGUACUCUCAACACCUCCACUUGUACUCUCAACACCUUCAUCUCUUCCCUUAACACUUCCCCCUCUAUCCUAACACUUCUACUACCAAAUGAGAGAUUAGAACAAAAAAAGCAGAAUCAGACCCUGGAUAACUGGUGAAAUAUUAAACAGCAUCUUAUUCAUAAAUCAUUUACUGAAAAGGUUUAAUGCAAAAGGCAAGAUGUUGCAGCACUAGAUGAAUUACACAGGUAAAGAAAUAUGUAAAAUGGGCAAGGACAGGACACUGUAGUUGUAAAAUUAAAGCAUUUAGAAACAACCUGAGGCAACUUAGGCAAUAAUUAAAAGUACUCAGGUACAGCAAUAACAGUUUUAACAUAGUGCUAAAUACUGAUCAUAAGGUAUGCUAUGAAGUAUCUCCAGUAGGCAUCACAGAUAUACGUAUGCAUAAACUCAUCACACAAAUAAUGAGAAUGCUCAUCAUAACUAUAAAAUACUGAAAUCUGUAUGAAUUGCUCAUGUGACCUACUAUUUUGUAUGGCCUUUGAUGGUUUAGCGCUUAGUUUCGAUUAUAUUAUUAUUAUCCAUUUUCUAGGCAGGGUAGAAGAGUCGAUACCUUCCCACACCUGCUUAACCCUUAAACUGUCCAAGCAGAUCUACGUUCACAUGCGUAAUUCUCCAAAAGUAGAUCUACGUUUCUUUUACAUAUUUUCAAAUAUAACAAAAAAAAAAAAGUAGAUCAAAGUUUUUUUUUACACGUUUUCAAAUGUAAAAAAAAAAAAGAUCUACUUUUUUACAUACUUUCAAAUGUUGAAAAAACGUAGAUCUACGUUUAGACAGUUUAAGGGUUAAUGGCACUUAAGAUUUUGGGGAUAGACACAUACAUGACAUGAAACUCAUGACUGAUAAGGUUCUACAUCUUCUCUAUCAGAUUAAACCCUGCUGAGUUAAGAGGCUGGUCAUUAAUGAUCAAAAUUUCACAUACAAUUAGCCAAUCAUUUAAAUCUUUGGCAGUAUGGCAAGGACUCCCAGUGGAAAUAAGCCACUUUGUCUGACUUUAUGAUACCUACUGUAAAGUGGCAUCAAAUAAUUUCAACACAGACUCCUGUGAUUUUUAAAAUCUAUAAUAAUAUUGGCAUCACACCCAACAAAUUCCAAUUGUCAGGUGCAUCCUGAGUAUUUGUACAAAACAGACUGAACCCAUCCAAAAGCACCAACCUUGAUAGCUUUCCAGUAUUUUCAAAUUGAAAAUACCCAUAGCUUUCAUAAUACAUGUUUCCAUCACCUCCAAAAUUGUGCUAGAGAGGCUCUAAACAGCCAGUCACUCCUAAUUUCAGGGAAAACUAGAUCAAAUGUGAGUAACAAGUGGCCUCUUAAUGUGUACACUAUGUCUAAAACUCUACAGACCAGGCCACAAGGGUGUUGACUCCUGAAACCCUCUCCAGGUAUCUCCAGGUAUACAUAUAUUACUUAAUAAUUACAGUGGACCCCCGCAUACCGUACGCAUCACAUAACGUUCAAUCCGCAUACCACUCGCUUUUAUCGCAAAAAUUUUGCCUCGCAUACCGCUCAAAAACCCACUCACCGCUCUUCGUCCGAGACGCGUCCAAUGUGCGCCCUUAGCCAGCCUCACAUGUGCCGCCGGUGGCAUUGUUUACCAGCCAGCCUCCGCGGUAACAUCCAAGCAUACAAUCGGAACAUUUCGUAUUAUUACAGUGUUUUUGGUGAUUUUAUCUGCAAAAUAAGUGACCAUGGGCCCCAGGAAAGCUUCUAGUGCCAACCCUACAGCAAUAAGGGUGAGAAUUACUAUAGAGAUGAAGAAAAAGAUCAUUGAUAAGUUUGAAAGUGGAGUGCGUGUCUCCGAGCUGGCCAGGUUGUAUAAUAAACCCCAAUCAACCAUCGCUACUAUUGGUGGUACAGCUGCUGCUGCUGCUGUAGCAUCGUCUGCUGCUGCUGUAGCAUCGUCUGCUGCUGCUGUAGCAUCAUCUGCUGCUGCUGUAGCACUGUCAGCUGCUGCUGCUGCUGCUGCUGUAGCAUCAUCUGCUGCUGCUGUAGCAUCAUCUGCUGCUGCUGUAGCAUCGUCUGCUGCUGCUGCUGUAGCACCGUUGUUGGUGUGGCUUAUUGAGAAUACCAAGAAACAAUUAACCCCAGAGGAUUUGCCACCCAGGAUAACCCAAAAAAGUCAGUGUCAUCGAAGACUGUCUAACUUAUUUCCAUUGGGGUCCUUAAUCUUGUCUCCCAGAAUGCAACCCACACCAGUCGACUAACACCCAGGUGAACAGGGAAAAAUGCCUGGAACUAGUGCUCAUAUUGGUGAAUUUAAAGCCAGCAAAGGUUGGUUUGAGAGAUUUAAGAAUCGUAGUGGC